CUCAAUUUUUACCAAUUUCUAGAAAUGGAAAAUAUUUAUGCGAACGAUUUCAACAUCUCUCCUCCACAGAAUGAAACUUCUUUAGACGUAAAUCGGUUUUUAAAAGAAUUUGAAUUUGCUGUGAAAAGCUCACAGCUUCAAAAUGAAGUUGACAUGAUACAUCGAAUCCAAGUUAUUCAAAAUGUUGCUAAUCAAUUAAGACGAGCAGAAGAGGCUGCUGAAGAUCAACCACCGCGAUGGUUUCAGAAUUGGCUGACCGAUGAGAAUGCAUUCCCUUCAAGAAUGGAAACGAAAUUCGACAGAAUGGAAACGAGAUUUGACAGAAUGGAAACGAGAUUCGACAGAAUGGAAACGAGAUUCAACGGAAUGGAAACGAGAUUCAACGGAAUGGAUAUGAGAAAUAGAAAAACGGAAAAUAUCCAGUUAAGAUCAAUGGGAUUUCCUAUUAAUAUCGUUCCUUUUCUAAAUGGGACUCAGCCAGAUGAUGAUUUGCCAGAAAUUCGAUCUGUUGAAGACAUUGAUGGCUUAACAAGGGACCAAUGCGCUCGCUACUUAGAUGGGUACGGAAUCCGCUUUAAUUUCGAUGAGUCGAUUAAAAUGAAAGAAAGACUUCGUGAUGUCGUUGGUUUAAUCAGCGUCUACGAUCUUAGUCAUCACUUCUCUGGGUUCAAUUAACAAUAUAUUAUGUGGUUAUUUAGAUGAUUCAACAAAAUCAACAGGUUCUUUCAGCAAAUAAAAUAUUAUUUACCAAACGUCAA